CUCUUCCUGUGACCUCAUAUCGACCAGGCGUAACUCUUUUCUAGAUACUGCCGUGGAAAAUGGCUGCGACAAAAAGCGCUAGUCGCAUAAUUGGUUCGGUUAAACCGAUUCUUAGCCGAGAUUUGAGCGAUGCGAAACGCAGGGUGCGAGAGUUGUACAGAGCAUGGUACCGGGAAGUGCCUAAUACAGUGCAUGUGUUUCAGCUAGAUAUCACUGUGAAACAAGGAAGGGAAAUGGUGAGAGAGAGGUUUCAAAGAAAUGCUGAUGUAACCGAUCCUAGGCUCAUUGAUCUUCUUGUAAUCAAGGGGAAGAUGGAUUUAGAAGAAACCAUAAAGGUAUGGAAGCAACGGACACACAUUAUGCGAUUUUUCCAUGAGACUGAGAGUCUACAACCUGAUGAUUUUCUUUCUAACUUCUAUGUUGGCCAGGACCAUUAAGAGUUCAUAAAAAUUAUAUUUAACGUUACUCAAGCAGGACUAUGUGGCAAACUUAAAACUAGUGUGCAAAUGUUAAAAAAAUAAUAAUAAAUUGAUAUAUACCUA